ACGGGAUCACACGGGCACUCACCCCACAGCACGGUGCAGGGAGAGGCGGCGGCUGGGCCUGGGGAAGGCUUCUUCCAGGAGAGAAGGUUACAUAAAGUCACGCUUAAUCACAGGACGCAAAGCAACAGCACGUUACUGAGUUUCUCCAUAAGUUCCGUCCUUCAGCUUCUUCUCAAGCAUUCAUUUACCCCUGUGGCUUUCUGCCUUAGGGACCAGGAGAGAAUGCUCCAAUGGAGAGGUUCCAGAAGUUCAUUUUACUUCCUUUCAUCUUAGCUGCCUCGCUCACAGGUCUUGGCUUUUGUUAUUCUAUUCUGAAUGGCCCUACUAAUGCUACAGUCCUUGCUGGUUCAGAAGCCCGGUUUAACUGCACAGUGGCGAAUGGAUGGGCAAUUCUCAUUUGGUUGUUGAAUACAAAUCCUGUGCUCACUGUCAUUAAUUCUCAUGGACCUAUUGAAACGUCAGAUCGCUUCACCUCUCAGAGCUAUAACAACAGUCAAAGUUUCACCUCAGAGCUGAUCAUCCACAACACUCAGCUAAAUGACUCUGGAAGAAUUGAAUGCAGCAUCCAGAAGAUUGAUGGUAGCAGCUUUGCCUUUCUUUCUGUGCAAGUUAAUGGAACUUUACUCAUCAAAAACAGCACUUUAAUAGUUAAAGAGAACACAACAGUUGAAAUUGUUUGUGAAGCCUUAGGAUGGGCUCCAGCUCCAGACAUUACAUGGAUGACAAAUGACUCUCUCAUUGAUAAGUCGAGGUAUGUUACCCAGCAAAGUCAAGGAUCUAACAGCCUCUACAAUGCCCUGAGCGUCCUGACUUUGACUCCAAUGGAUACUGAGAUUUUGACAUGUUUAGCUGAUAUAGAAACACUCCCUAGCCCUCAGAAUGCAACCAUAGCCGUUAUUGUUGGCAACUCUACUCUAGAAAACAAUUACAGUGAAGACAGCACAAGCACGUGGGUUAUUGUACUAGCAGUUGUGUUUUCAAUUGUUGGUUUUAUUCUUCUGAUAAUUCUUAUUUGGGUUGUCGUGCGCUGCUGCUGCCUAAAGAAAGGAUCCACAUACGAAAAUGAAGUGAGGAAAAUUUCAGUUAAGAAGAAAACAGAUGACCGUUUGGGAAGCAGACAAAGGAGUGGUAGUGAAAAUCAGGGAUAUGUUCCAGAGGAACCACCUUACACAGGACAAAUCCCAACAGUCGUUUCUCUUCCGCCAAUGUCUACAAAGUUCACUGUCCCUCGUCCAGAUUUACAUACCAGUUCUGCACCAAAGGGACGACCUCAAAGACAUACCGAUUAUCCGAUCAACCCAAAGAAAAUCAGAAAUGUGACACAUGUUUAGGAUGGACUUCAGAAAAUUCUUACCUGAGUUGCAUUUUACGGGUUUGAACGGCUUCCUGCGACAGGGAAAGGUCACCGCCAGUUCUCUCAAUUUAAGCUAUAACUUAUUAUUAUUUUUGUUUAUUUCUCAUGUAAUGAAAUAAAAUUGCAACCUUUACAACAUAGUAUAUGAUAGCUCAGCAAAAUAAUGGACGUAAAGGACUGUCUUAAAUUCAGAGACAACAAAUAUGAUGAGAAUCUACAAGAACAAGAAUGUAUCGUUUCGAUUUCAAGCAAAUCAACAAAACUCCUACCAGACAGAAAUGUCCAGCUAUCCACAGGGAGGUGAAGGACUGGAACUGCUGGUGAUUAAGUAGUUCAGAGGAACUGGUUAAUAGUAAUACUGGUUAAUGCAAUAUCUAAUGCAUUUUUAAAAAACACAGCUGAUUAUCUUAAGCUCACAGAUCAACAGUAUUUUUCAAUUUAUGUUCUGUAAUAAAACCAAGGGAAGUUUUGACAGAAAGCAAAAAUCUUAAGCUGAAAAAUGUGGAUCUGAAACGACUGAUUUUUAAGAGCUGUUGCUUCAGUGAUUACUGUCUCUGAUCUACUUGGGGCUGAGUUUGGCAGCUAAAUGAUGUGGAUCACAGUAAAGGAUGGCUGAUGGUGUUCACCCUGUUGUUCCAUCAUGGAUAGAGUUGAUAAUGAUCAGGAGAAACGCAUUUUAUCUGAGCAACCAAUAGAACAGGUCCUGCAGAAGGACUCUACAUAUACCUUCCCAAUCUAAAACGUAUAGUUUCUAGAUGAAGUGUUUUGCCUGAAAUUUUGCAUUUCAUAAAAGAAAUGCUCAAACAAUGUUAUUUUUAUACAAAGGCAAACUUCUUCCAUUGCACUUGUCUUUUUACUCAUUCAAAGCAUUCUGAACUAUUCAGUGUUUUACAUGUUAAUUUUCUGCAUGAACCUAUGCAGGUGAUCUUUGAGUAAAGAUAUUGUCGCAGAAAAAUACUUUCAGUGUUAAUCAGUGCAAUGAAAAUAAGGAAUUUGAAACUUGAUCUCAGGGAAAAAAAAAUAUUGCUUUGUUUGUUUAGCAUUUAGGAUCUCAUUAAAUUUUGACAGAUUUUGCAUUGCUAGUCAUAUUUCCUGUCAGUCUGUCAGAACAAGUGCUGGGGCUAAUUCAUCUUCUGCCAUAUGUAAUUGUAUACAAAGCUCCUUCAGUUUCUGGCCGCCUCCACUUUCUGUCUUGUCUGGUUAAGGAGGAGCUUUGAAAUGCAUUCUCUUUGAAUGGAUUGUAGCAAAAACAUGGUAUGUAAAUAACUAUAGUGCUAUACAGAGAAAAUAUAAUUUGUGAAAAUGUAA